AUGACUGUACAAUCAAGAAUAGGCGAAGAAACUAAAUCUGGACAAUAUUCAUCGAAAGAACUUGAUACAUGGAUUGAACAAUUAAAAGAAUGUAAACCAUUACAAGAAAAUCAUAUUAAAUAUUUAUGUGAACAGGCUAAAGAUAUUUUAUCGAAAGAAUCAAAUGUACAAGAAGUCAAAUGUCCGGUGACCGUUUGUGGUGAUGUACAUGGACAAUUUCAUGAUUUAAUGGAACUUUUUAAAAUUGGUGGUAA